AGUCGGUGGAGGCUGCACGUGGGCUGAAACUUGAAACUUUCAGGCCCGGCCAUGGAUACGCCACUCAGGCGCAGCCGACGGCUGGAAGGCCUAAACCCUGAAUCCCCCGAGACCCCCAGCUCAGUUUUGAGGGCGAGACGGGCCCUUGUGGAGUUCAGGUCGGAUCCAGAAGAAACGAAGGAGCCCGGGUCUCCGAGUGCGCGGCAACCCGACCUGGAGUCCCCCCGCUGUCAGCCGGAGACAAGCCCGGAAUCACCUAUUCUACGGCAGGGUGCAGGUUUGGGGUCCCCCGGAAGGGAGCUGGAGCCGGGCCCAGGGUACCACCAGGUUCAGCAAGAUCCAGGCGUGGAGUCGCCCCAAACGCUUCCGGAGUCGGGUCCACAACCCCCCGGAUUUCAGCCAAAGCCAAGUGGGCAGUCAGCAAAGUUCUCCCAAACCCAAGAAGAACUGGACUCGGAGUUGGCCCUGAGUAAGAAGGAGCUGGCCUCGGGGUCUCCCCAACAUCAGCUGCAGCUGGGCCCAGGAUCCCCUGAGCCUUACCCGGCUCAGCAAGCGCCGGGUCCGGAGCCCUCGCGACCACUACAGGAGCCGACAGCCCAGUCACCCGGCUCCCCCCAGGGUCAGCACGAGCCGAGCAAGCCACCUUCCGCCGGGGAGACGGUGAAAAGCGGCCAAGGGGCAAAGAAGCGGGCAGGUUGUUCAGCCCAGGCCCCAGCGUCCAAGAAGUUGAAGGAGGGGAAGGAGGUUCCUGUAAUCCCUAAGGGAAAGCCCAAAUCCGGGCGGGUGUGGAAGGACCGCUCCAAGAAAAGGUUCUCCCAAAUGGUUCAGGACAAGCCCCUGCACACAUCCUGGCAGCGGAAGAUGAAGGAGCGGCAGGAGAGGAAGCUGGCCAAGGACUUCGCCCGGCACCUAGAGGAGGAAAAGGAGAAACGCCGGCAGGAGAAGAAACAGCGCCGGGCCGAGAACCUGAAACGCCGCCUGGAGAAUGAGCGGAGGGCAGAGGUUGUCCAAGUGAUCCGAAACCCUGCCAAGCUCAGGCGGGCGAAGAAGAAGCAGCUUCGCUCCAUUCAGAAGCGGGACACGCUGGCGCUGCUGCAGAAGCCACCCCAGGGGUCAGCAGCCAAGAUGUGAGCGCCGGACAGCCCAGAGGCCUUCUGUGGCCAACCGCUGUGUCAGACUCGCCCUCGUCGGGCCACUGGGCCACUGGUCACAUGCCUCUGCGGGGCACGGCACUCCGGCGCUAGCACCACCCCACCCCACCCCACCCCAGAGGGGCUCUGAGCCUUCCAGGGCUCUCAAGCCCAGAGGGAACCUGCGGCCUGGAAGAGACUGGAGGAGGGAAGAGUUUCAGCCCCGACCCCCGCCUCCUUCCUCCUCUCGCCUCCUUCAUCAAGCGCCUUGCAACCAUGAAGGGUAAAUUCUCUGGUUCCUUGGGAGCUAACAACUGGAGGGUGACUCUCUAAAAUGUGUAUUUCGUCUCAAGGUCGUGGGUCCGACCCAGGCCAGGAGGCUGCAGUCAGGAACCAGUCCCCCUCGCACCAUCCCAAAGGCUGCUUGGGGUGUCUCUGCAGCCCACUGGCCCUGUCACCCAGCCAACUAAACCUGGCUUCCCUGACUUUUCAACACUGAAAGGAGGUUUCAGGGAGUGAGGUCCCCCCCCCCCCCCCCCAGCUCCCUCUCGCCUGUGCCGGACUCUGCAGAAGCCCCACGGAUCUGAUUCACUCAUGCCAUUCAGUCUGUAACAAAUAUUUAUUGAAUGCCUGUUGUGUACAGGCACAAUUCUAGGUAUCGGGGAAUACAGAGGCCCCUGCCCACAAGGAGCUUUCAUUCUGAUGAAAAAACAUAAUAAACAGAAAUGGUAUUGUGUUAGA